UAACCAAUCAGCGGAAAGAAUACUGAGACGUCGCGUGAAUAGCCAAUGAACGCUUUCGUCUUUCACUGCAAAAAUGGCGUUCUUUGUAUUGUGAAGCCGAAGAGUCGCGUCGAAACAAAAAAUAUUUUAUGUUUUGAAAAACUGAAAAAUUCAGGAUGAAGGUGGUCAACCUGAAACAAGCUAUUCUACAGGCAUGGAAGGAAAGAUGGAGUGACUACCAGUGGGCUAUUAACAUCAAGAAAAACUUCCCAAAGGGAGCAACAUGGGACUAUCUUAACCUUGCAGAGGCCCUGAUGGAGCAGGCGAUGAUUGGUCCCUCUCCUAACCCUCUUAUUUUGUCUUACCUCAAAUAUGCCAUAAGUUCCCAGAUGGUGUCUUAUUCCAGUGUGCUUACAGCCCUCAGCAAGUUUGAUGACUUUUCUCGGGAGCUGUGCAUCAAAUCACUGUUGGAGAUAAUGGACAUGUUUUGCCAUCGACUCAGCUGUUACGGGAAAGCAGAGGAGUGCAUUGGGCUGUGUCGGGCUCUGCUGGGAGUGGUGGUGUGGCUGCUGCAGGGCUGUGCCUGGUAUUGCGAGAGGCUGAGAGAACUGGGUCCCUCCCCCAGUACUGAGGCCAGUCUGAGAGCCUGUCAGGAGAGGUUGCACAAUCUGAUGAGCAGCACCAAGAACAGAGCCCUGGUACACAUCGCUCGAGUGGAGGAACAAGGUUCCUGGAGCAACGUAGAGCAGUCAGUGCUGAAAGUGGCCGAGGGCCUCUGCAAUGUCCCUAACCAGACAUUGAGGACUCAAUUAGAAGAGAGCUUGUCACUAGUAAAAGGUAUUCCCCUCAUGCUGUCUGAGCAGAGCGACCCAAAAUUCCAUGCCUCCUUCCCUUCAGUCCACGCCUUCAUCAUGCUGGAAGGGACCAUGAAUCUGACAGGGGAGACACAGCCACUGGUGGAGCAGCUGAUGAUGAUCAAGAGAAUGCAGCGAAUCCCUACUCCUCUUUUUGUCCUGGAGAUCUGGAAGGCCUGUUUCACUGGCCUCAUUGAGUCACCAGAGGGCACAGAGGAGCUCAAAUGGACCGCCUUCACAUUCCUCAAGAUCCCACAGGUUCUGCUCCGACUAAAGAAGUAUCCUCAGAGUGACAACGGACAGGACUUCAUGGAGGAUGUGAAUAUUGCAUUUCAGUACUUACUCAAGCUCACACCAUUACUGGACAAGGCCGAUCAAAGAUGCAAUUGUGACUGCCUCAGUAUGCUCCUGCAGGAGUGUAACAAGCUCGGCCUGCUGUCAGACUCAAAUACAACCUGCCUCACAGCAAAACGGACCGAGGACAGGGAGUUCACCCCGAGGGUAAAGACUGCAGAAAAUGCCAACAUCCAGCCAAAUCCAGGUCUCAUCCUGCGAGCUGAGCCCACUGUGACCAAUAUUCUCAAGACAGUAGAUGCAGAUCACUCCAAGUCCCCUGAGGGCCUUUUAGGCGUCCUGGGACACAUGUUGUCUGGAAAGAGCCUAGAUCUGCUCUUGGCAGCAGCAGCAGCCACUGGGAAACUCAAGUCAUUUGCCCGGAAGUUCAUUAAGCUUAAUGAAUUUCCCAAGCACAUUACCGGCGAUGGAUCCAAGUCUGCGUCAGUGCGGGCCCUGCUCUUUGACAUCUCCUUCCUCAUGCUCUGCCAUGUGGUGCAGACGUACGGUUCAGAGGUGAUCCUUUCUGACCCCAGCCCUUCAGGGGAGACGCCCUUCUUCGAAACAUGGCUGCAGACAUGUAUGCCUGAAGAGGGCAAGACUCUGAACCCAGACCACCCCUGCUUCAGACCCGAGCCUGGCAAAGUGGAGAGCUUGGUCACCCUGCUGAACAACUCCUCAGAGAUGAAACUAGUUCAGGUGAAAUGGCAUGAAAUCUGCCUCAGCACCCCAGCAGCCAUUCUGGAGGUCCUGAACGCUUGGGAGAACGGUGUCCUGUCUGUGGAGGCUGUACAGAAGAUCACUGACAACAUCAAGGGGAAAGUGUGCAGUAUGGCAAUCUGUGCGGUGGCCUGGCUGGUGGCCCAUGUCAGGAUGUUGGGGAGAGAUGAGAGGGAGAAGCCCCAGACCAUGAUCCGACAGCUGGUGACCCCGCUGUACGGGGAGAACACUCUGCAGUUUUACAACGAACGUGUGAUCAUUAUGAGUUCCAUCAUGGAGCACAUGUGUGCCGACGUCUUCCAGCAAACGGGCGCCACCCUGCGCCCCCCAGUGGAAGGCCAGGAGCCGAUCCCUUACCGUAACCUGCUGCCAGCCAAAGACCCCAUCCACGUGGCCCUCAGCAAACAGUUCCAGACGGUGCUGCGCAAAGGCUGGGUGGACAGCCGGGCCCUGCAUCUGUUCGAGAGUCUCCUCAACAUGGGGGGGGUCUUCUGGUUCACUAACAAUUUGGUCAAGGAGCUGCUAAAGGAGACGCGACAGGAGUGGGCCGAUCGCGUGGUGGAGUUACUCUACAGCAUCUUCUGCCUGGACACUCAGCAGAUCACCCUCACCCUGCUGGGCACCAUACUGCCCGACCUGCUCACAGACUCCGCCCACUGGCACAGCCUGGCAGACCCACCUGGGAAGGCGCUGGCCAAGCUGUCUGUGUGGUGCGCACUCAGCUCUUACUCCUCUCACCACAGAGGCUCCUUCUCAGCUCGCCAACGCAAAAGGCAGCGAGAAGAUAUCGAGGACUAUAACAGCCUGUUCCCCUUGGAUGACACUCAACCAUCUAAACUCAUGCGCCUGCUCAGCUCCAACGAGGACGAGCCUGUCGCCCUUUCCAGUCCAGGAGACCGAUCUAUGAGCAGCUCCCUCUCUGCCUCCCAACUGCACACUGUUAACAUGCGGGACCCUCUAAACCGAGUCCUGGCCAACCUUUUCCUCCUCAUUUCCUCCAUCCUGGGCUCCAAGUUGGCGGGACCUCACACCCAGUUUGUACAGAGUUUUAUGGAGGAGUGUGUUGAGUGCUUGGAACAGGGCAGUCGCGGAAGCAUCCUGCAGUUCAUGCCCUUUACAAUGGUUUCUGAGUUGGUGAAGCUGUCUGCUCUGGCCAAACCUAAAGUUGUCCUGGCCAUCACUGACCUGACUCUGCCGCUGGGGAGGAGAGUAGCUGCCAAAGCCAUCUCUGCCUUGUAAAAUACAGGUUCAUAUUAACCUAGUACCAAUUCAACCCUCUUGCUGGCCCAAUGUGGGUGAACAGCAAGUGACACUUUAAUCUUUUAUCUUUUGUUACGAGUAAUCUGAACCCCGUUUCAUCAUCCAUUUAAAGGGAUUUGUUGGAAAAGAUCAUGUUUAUAGCCAUGUCUCUGUUGUUGCUGUUUUGCUAUUGUUCUUAUAUUCU